AUGCUUACUCGAGUAUAUCUAAACUGUCGAGUUUACAAUAAAAUCACGAGUGGAAAAAUGGGCAAAAACAAAGAUAAAGUAGCAGGGACAAUGGCAAUAACAACGAAUACAUUAAAUAAGAAAAAAUCCGAAGAAAGCGUCAUAUCAAUGAAUAAAAAUGGCGAAAUCAUUCUAAGAAUACAUGCAAAACCUAAUGCAAAAACAACACGUGUUAUAGGUAUUGGUGCGAACGAAAUUGAACUUGCUAUCGCGGCACCUCCAUGUGGUGGUCAAGCGAAUAAAACAUUGAUCAAUGCUAUGAUGGACAUUUUGAAAUUACAUAAAAAUGAAAUUACGUUUGAUACGGGUGCUCGAUCAAGGUCAAAAAUAUUACGGCUAACUAGUAAACGUAUCACUUUGGAAGAAGUACGCGAAAAACUGGAAAGAAAUGCUACUGGAAAGGGAUGA